AUGUUUUUCAAGCCAAAGAAUCGAAAAACUCAUUGUUUAGAGCAGCUGGAGAAUUCUAAUAAAAUGGAGCUGUCAGAUGAAAUAAAGCAGGCAAUACAUUUGAUUAACCGCUGUGUGGAAUCGUUACAUUUAAUCCCUCCUGAAGUGGCGCCACACUCCCUGCUUGGAAUUAUACCAACUUUAUUAGGUUUUAAAACUUUUUUCCAGGAGUUGAGAAAUAGUGAAACAUUGCCUGAAGCCAAUGCUACGUCAGUUUCAUUGUUUAUAGGAUGCCUAUCAACUUAUUUAGAAAAGGUUUGUGAAAACUCGAAAAGCUGACAAAAGGCCUUUGGCAAGCACGAAAAGGGAGACCUGUUGAUAUUUUAUUCAAAACUCCAAACAUUAGAAACAUUGCUACCUCAUAUUCCAAACGUUGAUAAAAAUGACUUGUUUUGCUUGCCAAAAACACAUGAACGUUGGACUAAUUUGCAAAAUUAUGUAAAUUUGCACUUAUACAAUGAUAAAAAUAAAGUAUUCUUUUAUAUAUAAAUUAUAUCUUAUCCUUAAUUUGAACUAAGUUAUCAUUGGACCCUUUAAAGAAAGAAUUAAUAUUUUUUAUGCUAAAUAGUUUAGCUAGACAAGAAUAAAAGGACAUUAUAAAAAAUUCAUGCUACAAGUUUCGGCUAGCCAAGCUUUUGUAUCUACCAGUUUUCAAGAGAAAAAUAAAAUGAAGCGAAAAAUCAUGCUUGGUUUAGGAGCUAUGUAUUAUAACGUUUUUAAAAAAAAAGCGUUACGGAAAACCCAGUUAUUUUAUGCUAAUCCUUCUUUAGAAGCUGCACAAUAUAAAUAAAAUGGCCUGGCGAAGAGAGACCUGUCCUUCUCAUGGCGGGGUCCUGGUUUGAUGCAAGGAACUGCCCCAAGGGUUGGCGAGCCUUGAAGUGAGAGACCUGGCACAUUUCCGCUAAUUAGUAGCUUGACCCAAGGGGAGUUUUUUUCAUCUUUUUUGAUUACCUGCCUAGGAUAUUUGGUGGUUGCUCCGAAUGGUGUUAUCAGUUGAGUUUUUUUCUUUCGAGAUAUUUAAGGGAAAAAGGGAAGACAAGUUUGACAAGACUUCAAGGGCGCAAAUCUCUCUAAUUGAAAGGGGGUCCCAAGAAAUGGGCGAUCUGGCCUAAGCUGAGGGUGAGAGGCUAUGCUGAUGCUUGAGUUUAAAAUGAAGAUUCCUGGAAAAGUCCGUAUGACUCAGACCAUGGAGGGAAAUGCCUCUACAGAAACCCCAUACUACAGCUAACACCGUGGAACGCAUGAUGCUCAGAAAGUGGUACUAUAAAUACACAUCAUUAAUCUAACCUAGAAGUUGCACAAACUGUGUGGAAUUUAGUUGAUUCUUUUAUUGUUAAACAUUUUAUGAAGCUUAUGAUUGCAAGCAUAAAAGUAAAUAAAGUUAUUUAUUUGCCAAGGACAGUAUCAAACGUGACACUUCCAAUGGAAAGAAAAGUCCGUGAGGAUAAGUAUUUUACGAUAGAAAAAAACCAUGGUGAUUAUGUCAUGGUAAGAGUCUUAUGUCAUAGAAAAUUAGCCUGCUUCAAAAAAUCAAUAAUAAAUAGAACUAGAGAAGGCUACGAAUUGCCAGUAGAAUUUACCAAGCUAAUUUUUCACAUCCAUGGAGGAGGAUUUAUUAGCAUGUCAAGCGCUUCCCAUCAAGUUUAUUCUAGAAAAUGGGCCAAAGAUCUGCAAAUUCCUGUAAUUUCUGUAGACUAUAGACUCGCCCCUCAGCAUCCAUUUCCAGCAGGAAUUGACGAUGUCUGGCAAGUUUAUAACUGGAUUUUAGAUAACGCAAAAUCUCAAUUAGGUAUAGAUCCUCAACAAAUUAUUGUUGCUGGUGACUCAGCUGGUGGAAACUUUGCAGCUGCAUUAGCAAGCAAAGCGGCAAUGGCCGGUAUAAAAAUCCCUGACGGUCUAAUGCUUACCUAUCCAGCUUUAUCAUUGUCAUUGACACAUUUCACACCCUCAUUUGCAAUUUCCCUCGAAGACCUUCUUGUUCCCCAUACCUUCUUAAAAAUCUGCCUAAACUGUUAUCUUAAAGACCCAAAUAAUGACCCAGAAAAUGACCCCUUGAUUUCUCCUUUAUUUGCGUCAUCAGAAAUUCUCCGUCAGUUUAAUCAAGUCCGCAUAGUUGUAGGAAGCGAAGAUCCUUUGCAUGAUGACUGCUAUAGAUACGCUGAAAAGCUGCACGAUCUAGGAGUUGACGUAAAAAUGACUGAUUUUGAUGGGACGCCUCAUGGCUGUUUGAACUUGAUUUUUAAAGGUGGGGUAAAAGAAAGCAGGGAUCUUUAUGCCCAAACAGUUGUUUAUAUGAGAGAAAUGUUUAAGUUAGAUUAA